CGAGAAAAAAAAAUUAGACACGGCCAUGAACUUAAAGUAACCAUGGUAACGAUUCAAACAAAGCACCAACAAACAAGAGGCGAAGCGCGAUGACGCUCGAGCAGGUCCAGGAGAUCGUGCGAAAAUACGGCGGAGAGGAGGCCAAAAUCGAAAAACUUCUACAAGAAAAGGAACUGGAGGAGAAAACUGCCAAAGAGAAGAAACUUUCGAUGGUCGAGAGCAAAACUCGGACGUCGUUCGAUGAAAUAGUUAAACGAAACAGACAGAUUUUGAAGGAUCUGGAGGUGGUUAAAGGAAAUUUGAGAUCGAAGGCGAUCUUCAGUCCGUCCGAGAUGCAGUGGGAGAGGAUCUGCGAGAACUACAGGGAGAAUCCCUCGCUUCCGGUAACAACCUAUCGAUGCCAUCUUCCGGUUUUCGUAUAACAACUUCAUCUUUGCUACACAUUUUCUUUAUAUUUAGUAUAUCUAUUUGCUGUCUAUUAUUACUAUUAUU